UGUAAUAUAUUUAUUGGUUUGUUUCUUUGUAACGAUCAAUGUUAAUAAUUUUCUACAUGUUUCCAAAACAACCUAUAACAGUUGGCAAGUUUAGAUUUUUAACAAAGCUGUUAUUAUUUGUAGCGGAGCAUAAAACAAAGUGCAAAUGCAAAUCAAGUAGGACACAGAAACAAGAACCUCCUUCUUCUUUACUAUUAUUCUUAGUAUAUAAUAUAUUUUCUUUCUUCUUUUCCUCCCCUAUCUAUAUCUCUCUUUUCUCUCAAAUCUCACCAUUUUGUGAAUCCUUGUUUUGUUCAAUACUAAUUUCAUUUUGAUCUUCUUGUUUAUGGUUCAUGAUCAUAAAUAGAUUUUAAUUAGAACAUAAGUUUGUUUCUAAUCAAUCUUCCAUAGAUUUUUUUUAGUCACAUUUAUUUAUUAUAGCUUAACUUAGGUAAUAUAACUAUUAUUUAGAAAUUUUAUGUUAUAGAAAAAAUGAAGGGCUCAAGUAAUCAAUACCAAACAAACUAUGUUUCAAAGAUUUUCAAUGUUCAACUUCACUUUAUUAAUCUUCUAACCUAUCUUCUCAUUUUGGUAUUUGGUUUAACCCUUGGAAUAAUCAUAAGUUUCUAUCUUAAAGAAUGCACUUUUAGUCUUCAAUUUACUCAGUUAUCACUCUCUUCAUUACCAAGAACACCACCUUUGCCGCCACCGGUCGCGAAACAAGAACGGGUAGGAUUGAAGGAUUUUCUUAAGCCUCCUCCAAUUGUGCAUGAUAUGGAUGAUGAGGAAUUGUUAUGGAGAGCUUCUAUGACUGCAAAGAUCAAUGAAUACCCUUUUGAAAGAGUUCCAAAAGUUGCUUUCAUGUUUUUGACAAGGGGUCCUGUGUUUUUGGCACCUCUGUGGGAACAAUUUUUCAAAGGACAUGAAGGGUAUUACUCAAUUUAUGUGCAUUCUAAUCCAUCUUAUAAUGGAUCAUAUCCAGAGACUCCUGUUUUUUCUGGUAGGAGAAUUCCCAGUAAGGAAGUGGCAUGGGGUAAUGUGAACAUGAUUGAAGCUGAGCGUCGCCUACUAUCAAAUGCACUUCUUGAUAUAUCAAACCAAAGAUUUGUUCUCUUAUCAGAAUCAUGCAUACCACUCUUCAACUUCUCAACCAUCUACUCUUACUUAAUAAACUCUACUGAAAACUAUGUCAUGGCUUUUGAUGAUCCUAGCGGCGUCGGCCGUGGCCGAUACAGCAUCCAAAUGUUACCUGAAGUAUCCCUCAAGCAAUGGAGAAAAGGGUUCCAAUGGUUUGAAAUGGACAGAGAGCUAGCUCUAGGAGUUGUAUCUGAUAGAAUAUAUUUCCCAGUUUUUCAACAGUAUUGCAAAGGUUCAUGUUAUGCUGAUGAACAUUACUUGCCAACUUUUGUUAGCAUCAAGUUUUGGGAAGGGAAUUCAAAUAGGAGUUUGACUUGGGUUGACUGGUCAAAGGGUGGUCCACAUCCAGCUCAUUUUCUAAGGUCUGAUGUUACUGUUGAGUUUUUGGAGAGAUUGAGGAACAAGAAAUGCAAGUAUAAUAAUGGUAACAGCACCAAUGCUUGUUUUCUUUUUGCUAGGAAAUUCUUGCCUAGUACUUUGUCAAGGCUCUUGAAGAUUGCACCUCAAGUUAUGCAGUUUGAACACUAUGAUGAUAGGCCCAAAAAACAGAAGCCUUCACUGAAACCAAUUAUUUGAUUCAUUUUUUUUUUCCAACUUGUAAUUUUUCAUUAUCUAAUAUAGGCUCACCACAGAGACUCUUUUCAUCAAUAUAGUCCAUUCCCUUCAUGGAUA